ACGGUCCGACAUUCAAAGCUCCUCGUCCUGCCGAGGGUUCCAAAUACGGAUUAGACAAGCUGGCGGCUGAGAAGCGCGCUGCAGCCGCCAUGGCUGCCUCAGCCUCUCAGUCUCAGAGCUCAAAGCGACCGCGGAGCGAGCCUGAGGAGGAUGAGAAUGGAGCAUCGGGCUCUGGUGGAGUAUUCAAGGGUGGGUUCUCGCCUUCAAACAUGCUCACAUACUGCAGUACCUUCCGUUCCCAUCAAGCGGGCAGCCGUUCGAGUCCGGCCAGACGAAACACCGAGCCACGGUGGCGGUCUGUCGGAUACAGCGAGGGAACGCCUGGAAGCAUACAGAAAGUCUAAGAACAUGCCUUCGACCUCCACAGCAUCCUCCACGAAAGAUCGAGAAGGUGAACGCCAGCAAGGUCUGGGUGACUUUCAAUCUAGGCUGAAUCGCGUCUCGCACGGCGAGAGACGGCGCGACGAUAGGGACGAUCGUGACUCACGGAAUGGCUCGUCUUCAAGUCAGGGCAGUGGCGAGAGACGAGACGAUUGGGCUGGAGUAGGGUCAUCCUCUCGGGGGAAUAGAGGUAGGGAAGAUGGCGGGAGUAUGCGCGUACCGAAUCGCGGGUGGGACGAGACUCCCAGUCGGGGACCGGGUGGAUGGGGCAAGUCUAGCGAUCCGAGACGUGGGAUGGGAUGGGAUCAAACGCCGAGAUCGUCCAGGGAUAGUCGGGAGACGGAGGAAGAGAUGGAAAUGAAUGCGAAGGAGUGGGAGGAGGAGCAGGUCAGAUUGGACCGGGAUUGGUACAAUUACGACGAUGAGGGCGCCGUGGCUGGAGACGAGGAGCACAAUCCGUUUGCCCAAUGGGAGAAUCUUGAAUCAUCCAAAGAGCAAGAACUGGAGGCCAAGGCAGUGAAACGCCAAACAGCUAGACAGGCUCAAUUCAACGCAGACAACGAUCUAUGGGAGACGAAUCGAAUGCAGCAGUCAGGAGUCGCAGCACGUCAAGGAGUAGACUCGGACUUUGACGAUGAUCAGGACUCCAAGGUCCAUGUCUUGGUGCAUGACUUGAAACCACCAUUCCUCGACGGUACAGUGGCGUAUACGAAGCAACUGGAGCCUAUCAAUCCUAUCAGAGAUCCAACGAGUGAUCUCGCCAUCUUCAGUAAGAAGGGCUCAGCUCUGGUCAGGGAGCGCAGGGAGCGACAGGAGCGUGAAAAGGCCGCUGCCAAAGCAGCUUCAAUCGCUGGGACUACCCUCGGUAACAUUCUAGGUAUCAAAGACGAGCCAGAUCUUGGCGAGGAGGGGCAAAAGGUGGACGAAAUCUGAAGGGGUAUCUCAAUUUGCGAAGACUCGUACACUGCGACAACAACGAGAAUACCUUCCUGCCUUUGCAGUCAGAGAAGAGUUGAUGGCCCACAUUCGAGAUCACC